AUGAAGCUCACCCAAGCCGCCGUCUACGCCAUCCUGGCCUACACCGCCGCCGCUCUGCCCACCGCACCCAUGGGCAAGGCCGACAUGGGCAAGGCCGACGUCGCCAGGAGGGACGGUGGCAAGGCCGACGUGGCCGGAAAGGCCGAUGUCUUUGCCCGCGACCUGGGCAAAGCCGAUGUUGCUGGCAAGGCCGACGUCAUCACCAGGCGGGACGGUGGUAAGGCUGACGUCGCUGGCAAAGCCGACGUCGCCCGCAGGGACGGCGGCAAGGCUGACGUUGCCGGAAAGGCCGAUGUUGCCCGCAGGGACGGUGGCAAAGCUGAUGUCGCCGGCAAGGCAGACGUUGCCCGUCGGGACGGCGGAAAGGCCGACGUUGCCGGCAAGGCCGAUGUGGCCCGUCGGGACGGUGGAAAGGCCGACGUUGCCGGCAAGGCCGAUGUUGCCCGCAGGGACGGUGGCAAAGCUGAUGUCGCCGGCAAGGCAGACGUUGCCCGUCGGGACGGCGGAAAGGCCGACGUUGCCGGCAAGGCCGAUGUGGCCCGUCGGGACGGUGGAAAGGCCGACGUUGCCGGCAAGGCCGAUGUUGCCCGCAGGGACGGUGGCAAGGCCGAUGUCGCCGGCAAGGCAGACGUCGCCCGCCGGGAUGGCGGUAAGGCCGAUGUUGCCGGUAAGGCAGACGUCGCCCGCCGGGACGGUGGAAAGGCCGAUGUGGCCGGAAAGGCAGACGUCGCCCGCAGGGACGGCGGCAAGGCCGAUAUGGAAGACUCUUACUAA